AUGAAACCAAGAUUUCAAAGUCUCACUUUACUAGUGGUCUCUUCACUACUGUUACUUAUUUCUCUUCAUCAUUUCAUAACCUGUCAGGUAUCAAAAAACUUUGCAGAUGUCAUUGAUGCUGCCACUAGUCAAUACGUAGCAACCAAAGAAUGGCAAGACGUCCUCGCCAAAAACAACAUCUUUGUCAAAAUCCCAACCUGCCAAAAACUUGAUUUCCCUAAAACUUUUGAUUUUAACAGAACUUUUAUGAAUCUCUGUUAUGAUUACGAAGCUUUUGAGCCAUGGAUAACAAUCCACAAAGCUUCAGGUGUUUUCCUGUUGGAUACCAUCAAGAAACAAUAUAACAUUCCAAUAUUGAAUCCUGUUUACAAGACCUUUCCAACAGAUAAUGGAUAUUUUGCAACUAUGAAGAAGGGAGUGGAUAGUGGAGAGUGUGAUGUGAUUGUGGGAGCAACGAAUUGGAAUGCAGAAAGAUUGGCACAGGCUCAUUUUCAAUGUGCUUAUGGAACUAGUUAUCAAGGUUGGCUCAGAAGUGAACUCCAAAACGAAACUCUAAUUUUCAAAAAUAUUGAAGAUUUGGAUAACACUGGAGUUAUUAUUGUCGUUUCUGCUGAUACUUCCUAUGAGAAUUUCGUGAAAAACACCUUUAAAAAGGCAACUAUCAAGGUCAUUGGUGGUUACGAUGAUGCAUGGGCCAUGGUUUCGAAUAGAACUGUCCAUGCCUAUAUUGCUGAUGUUUUGGAUUUGUUUAUUUGGCUUGGAAAUAAUAGAAAUAUUUGUCAGGGAUGUAGGGUUUCAUUCUUUGGAGAUUCAACUCAAUUUGGAACUUUUAUCACUAUGAAUAUUACUGGAACUUCUGGAGGAAAUGCUUCGUUUGAGUGGAAUGUUCAGUUGACCUUUAUUUCUAUGAUUAUAUUCAUUGUUUCAUUUGUAUUGAAUUUGGGGUAA